AAUGGGUUGGAUAAACUAAAUUCCCUUCUUCGACGAAACGGAAGUCAAGGUAAUAUGUUUAUUGUAUCCUAAUCACAUCAUUGAUACAGGAUAAACAGUAAAAUCUCCAGAGUCCCGAGAUGCGCGGCGCAUAUCCCCACCUUUAGCAAAUGUAAGCGCGGCACAACAAACUUUUGGACAGUCUGAGAGUGUACACUGAGGUGAACUGUUGUUGCUAUGUCGGAGAAAUUACAAAUUGGUUCCCUGGUCUGGGCAAAAAUGAAGGGAUUUUCUCCUUGGCCAGGCUUGAUCUCGAAACCGAAACACUGGGUCAAAAAACCCGCGAAGAAGACGGAUUUCCAAUGUAUCUACUUCUUCGGAACAAAGAAUUAUGCCUGGAUAGAGGAAUCGAACAUUAUGCCCUACUUGGAGUUUAAAGAGAAAUUAGUCAAUUCGUGCAAAUCUGCAAGUUUCAAAGAGGCCGUUGCCGAAAUUGAGGAAUUUCUGGAACGCAUCGAGGCGGAUCCUACUUUCACUCCUGAGCAGUUUGAUAACGAAAGGGAACAGGAUACCACCUUUGACCGUAUUAAAGAAGACAGUAAGAGUGCGCCAAAGAAAAAGAAGGAAUCCACCGGAGGCACCAAGCGGCUGUCCACUGCAAUUACACCUAAGGCAUCUAAAAAACGCAAAUCCUCACAAAGCGAAGAGAACGGAGCAAUUUCACCUGUUUUAUCGAAUCAUGUACCUAAAAAUUACGAAGAACUCCUUAAUCGCCCUUUGGUGGAGAAACCCGUAUGUACAUUUUUUUUCUUAGAGUACCGAAAAAUUGUUUUGUUCUUGUAUGUCGGCGUAAACUAAACUUUUGUUUAUAGA